AUGUUAUCAAGAAGUUUCUUUCACGUCUACCUUCUACCGUCGCCUGUUCAAUCGGCAGAUUUCUUCCCCUAUCAUGCAUCUAGCGUUAUACAAGAAUUCUUUACUUUCUUUUUCUUUUUUCUUCUGGGUCUUGAAAUAUCAACGCUUAAUUCUUCCUUUGAUGCGCUUUACUCUUCCUUUCUUUCUCUCUCCCUUACUCGAACACCUCCUCCCUGUCUCUCCUCUCUCUCUCUCUUCCCUCUCUCUAUAUAUAUCUACCUCUUAUUUACUUUUUCCUUUCAUUUUUUUUCUUCUUCCUUUCUCUCUCUCUCUCUCUCUCUCUCUGUGUGUGUUUUUGUCUCUAGCUCUCUUCUCUCGUUCGUUCUCUCACUCUUUUCUCGAUUCACACACACACACACACACACACUCCCCUCUCUCUCUCUCUCUAUAUAUAUAUAUAUAUUUAUUUUAUUUAUUUACUUUAUUAUUCCCUUACAUUCCAUAUUUUCAUCUCUCUCCACUUUCUCUCUCUCUCUCUCUCUAUCUAUCUAUCAAUCUCUUCUAUCUAUCUAUCUAUCUAUCUAUCUUCAUCUAUCUAUCUAUCUCCGACUCUUCAUAUCUAUCUAUCUAUCUAUCUAUCUAUCUAUCUAUCUAUCUAUCCUAUUUUAUCUAUCUAUUUCCUUUUUUUCUUUUGUUUUUCUCGUUCUCUCGUUGCUCUCUUCUUCUCUCUCUCUCUCUCUCUCUAUUUCUUUUUUUAUAUCUAUCUAUCCUCUUAUUAUUCCACCUCUUCUCUCUCUUCUUACCCUACUCUCUCGUUAUCUUGUUUCUCUUUACUUCUCUCUCUCUCUCUCUGUGUAUAUUUAUCUUUAUCUCACUUUUUCUUAUUUGUUCUUCCUUCCAUUUCAAUUUUUUUUUUUCCUUUCUCUUUGUCUCUUGCUGUCUCUCUGUCUUUCUAUCAGUCUCUCUCUUUCUAUGUUUUUUCUCUUUUUCUUCUGGUCUUUCUCUAAUUCUCUUUGUCUCUCUCUCCUCCCUCCCUCUCUCUCUCCCUACCUCUCUCUCUCUCUCUCUCUCUUUCUUAUUUAUCUAUCUCUAUAUUUAUCUCUAACUUGCAUUUUUUACUCGUUAUUGCAUUCCUUUUUUUCUUCCUCCUUUCUCAUUACCCCAAUUUCUUCCGUUCUAUCUCUGAUUCUCUCUCUCUUACUCUUUCUCUCUCUCUUUAUCUACCUAUCUAGCUAUCCAGCUUCAUUCAUGGGGGUGACAGGUUAUUCCAUUACAUCACUAUUCAUCCUCGGUCUGUUCAUAUCUAUCUAUCUAUCUAUCUAUCUAUCUAUCUCAGUCAGUUUAUAUGUAUCUCUUUAUCGAUCCAUCAAUCCAUCUAUCUAUCCCAGUCGCUUCAUAUCUAUCUAUCUAUCUAUCUAUCUAUCUAUCUAUCUAUCCCAUCUAUCUAUCUAUCUAUCUCAUUUAUUUAUCUUUUAUAUAUAUAUAUUUAUAUAUUUAUCUAUAUUUUUAGAUAUAUUCAAUCUGUUUAUCUAUUAUCUAUUUAUCUCCAUCUCUUCAUAUCUAUCUAUCUAUCUAUCUAUCUAUCUAUCUAUCUAUCUAUUCAUAUCUAUCUAUCUAUCUCCAUCUCUUCAUAUUUAUCUAUCUAUCUAUCUUUAUAUAUAUAUUUAUAUAUUUAUCUGUUUGUUUAGAUCUAACUCAAUCUGUUCAUAUCUAUCUAUCUCUUUAUAUCUAUCUAUCUAUCUAUCUAUCUAUCUAUCUAUCUAUCUCAGUCUGUUUAUAUCUAUCUUAAUCUGUUCAUAUCUAUCUAUCUAUCUAUUUCCGUCUCUUCAUAUCUAUCUAUCUAUCUAUCUAUCUAUCUAUCUAUCUGCGUCUCUUUAUAUCUAUCUAUCUAUCUAUCUAUCUAUCUAUCUAUCUAUCUCAGUCUGUUUAUAUCUAUCAAUCUAUCCUUUUUUUCUUAUUUCUUUUCUUUCCCUCUCUAUUUUCUUUAUUAUCCGUGUCUCACUAUGUCGCUUUCUGUCUUAUUUUUCCUUUCAUUUACAUCUCUCUUUCUCUCUCUCAUUCUCUCUAUCUCUCUCUACAACUCUUUGUAUCAUCUUUCUUUUUAUGCUCUCUCUCUCAAUUUCUCUCUCUCUCUCUCUCCUUCUUGAUCUUAAUCGCUUCUUUCUUUCGCCUUCACUUUUUCUCUAUUAUCCUUUCCGUAUUGUUCUCUUUUCUCUCCUUUUCUCUUCAUUUCUUCAUCUUUCGUUCUUUCUUUCCUUUUCUUUCUCGCUUUCCUUCUCACUAACCUUCUCUCAUAUAUUUAUAUUUUCCUCUUUUUUAUCUCUUUUUCUUUACUACUCUUUCUAUCUCUUUCUCUUAUUCUCUUUUUCAACUUCUUUAUCUUUCUUCCUGCUACUGUCUCUCUCUUUCUCCAUUCUCUUUUCUCUUUCUCCCAACUUCACUAUCUAUCUCCCUUUUUAA